AACGCACUGACGCUACACGCACGAUCGUAGGAGACAUGACUCAGGAGCAGUCCACCGUACCGGACCUGAACUCGCCACCCUUCUCGCGGCUGUUCGUUCUCUGUGGUAAGCAGGUGACUGCUGGUGCUCUCGAAGAAUUCUUCGCCCCGUACGGCACGGUUGAACAAUGUCACAUCGUGCAGGACCAAUCUACCGGCCAGUCGAAGGGUAUUGGGUUUGUGAAGUUUCAGAAAACAUCUCAAGCCGCCCGUGCCCUCAAAGAAGCGGACGGUAAGCAUAUCGAACCGGAACCGAAAGCGAUCAAAGUGGAGAUCGCUUCCAGCACGGUAGAAUCAAAGCCCUUGGACUGUCUUCGUCUGAAGGUGAAGUGUCCGGCAGAUCUGGACAGCGAAGCCGUAAAGGCAGAGUUUAGCAAGAUCUCGGCCGUCAACAGUGUUCAGCUCGUACCGGAUAAGAAAUCGCCCGGCAAUAAUGUGGCCUACCUAACAUUCGAGUCGUUCCUCGAUGCGGCACUAGCGUUCGAAACGGCUAAACCCGAACACAAGGCAAAAUUUGCUAAAAUUAAGCCUCGCAAGGUUAGCCUGGAGUCACAGCCGCAGGAAACGAGAGGUUUCUUCAGACCAGUCACACGGCGUCGUUCUUCGGCACUGUUGCCACCCACCAAGCUAACCGUGCUCUGCAGCUCAACCUUAACUCAGAACCAAAUCUGGCGCCUGUUUGACAUCAUACCGGGACUGAUGAAUUGUUCCAUUUCGCACGACGGUGGAUCGAUCUCGUCCGCAACCGUUACCUACAACAACACGCAGUCUGCCAAGUAUGCCCGGGAGAAGCUGCACAAGUUUGAAUACCCGAUCGGGGAGAGAAUUGUAGUUCGUGAUGCAAGUGAAUAAUAAAGUGGUCUCAUGAA